AGCUUCUAUGUGUGCAAGUACUAGAGGAAUGAUCUGCACAGGGCAUUGUAAAAAAGCUUACCAAUCUGAAGAAAGAGGUAGCCACUGAAGACUAAGCACCGCUAGACACUACCUGUGGUUAGUAAGGAGUGCUACAUGUUGCUUCUCAAUACAUACAUCCCUGGAAAAUUGUGGAGAUGGCUUGUUUACGAGCUUUGCAAGAAUGUUGUCUUUCUAGCAUUGGACAAACUGCUGCCAAAAUUGGAGAUCAUCUAAGGGUGAAGGUUUUGGUCCUGCAAACAAGCCUGGUGUUUGUUAAAUAUGCCAUGGGAGUCUGUCUGACAGAGUUAUCUGCAUUUGCUUGGAUAGUUAUUUCCGUACUUAUGAUGGGCAUACCUUAUCAUGACCAAAAUCCUGUUUGUGGUAUUGGCAGCAUAUUCGCUGGCACUUUUUUGCUGAAGAUGAUCACACCAUGGGAUUACACUGUUGCAGUUGCCACGGCCUGCAUAAAUAUUUUGUUUGGUUUUUAUCAUUUUUCCACACACGACCACCCAUCGGCACUACCAAACAUCACAGCCAGUAGCCACCCAUCAACACUUCCUGUCACCUCCCACCCCCAAUCAUCACUCACCUCCCGCAUCUUUCCUUAUUCUGUCCUUCAUGCAACGCAAUCAACCAAAUGUUGGAAUGGAAUGAUGAGGAGUGCAAAUUUGACAGCACAAGUGCAGCCAUUUGAAGGCAAGGACACAAGGAUAUUUGAUGUGGUUCUGUGUUAUUUGACACCGCUCUGUACAAAGAAUAUCAGCUUGUUUUGGCAAGACUUCAACAAAUUCCACAGCUUCAUUACCCAAUAGAGGCUAUCCAGAGUAUUCCUUUUUCUGACUCCAAAUUUCAGAUUCUUGAAGCACAGAAAGCUGAGUUGAGGUGUCUUUUACGAAGAAGUUUGCUAGAUCAUGGUUUUUUUUCCAGCAUGCAGACGCAGCACACCACAAACCAAAAGCAACAAUAAGUGCACAGACCGUCGAGUAUAUCGUGAGGAUUUCUUGACUGCCUUGAGGACAAUAGCCAUGCAGGAAGAUGAGCUUUGUCAGGUUUCAUCAUUACUCAAAGAGGUG